CGGCUUCAGCAAAUCUGCUUUGCAGAUGCGGUGGACUUUUCGUUUGUGUCAUCGAAGGAUCGAGACACUGGUCUCUUGAACAAGGGCCGCGCCCCUUACGUUGAAAGACUGAGAAAAUGGUCUUCCACUUGGCCUGCUGGAUCCUUGAAUGCAGCUUGUCCUCAUCCGGUACUGAUUACGGAUCAGCAUCAUGAUGAGUUGAGCGACUUGCACCAGGCCUUGAAUCUUGCAAUCGAGGAUAUCAUUGAUCGAUGGUGGACCGAUGAGCAAGCCCAAUUUCCUCAGCGGAUGCCAUUAGAGCAGGAGGAGGAAGAUCUGCUGCGUUGGAUGCACUUGAACAAGCACCUUUUUCAACCGUGGAGUGAGAGACAGGGAUCCUGGCGACCAGACUUCUUGGUUGAAAUUGACGAAUCUGGCAUGGAAGUAUUCCGAAUUUGCGAGAUUAAUGCAAGAUUUUGCUGGAACGGCUUUAUGCAUGGCGGCUUUGGUCAAGACUCGCUCUCGGCAUUUCACCUGAAGUCUCGUGGUCUUACACAUGCCACAGAUGCUGAAGAAAUUUUCGGAGGACUACUAGAACUGUUUGAUACAAAGCUCCCUUUGCACCUUGUCAAAGGGGAGGAACAUGGGAUUGAUAUCUUUAUGUUUAUUGAGUUUGCCAAAAUGCGACUUGGUAUAAAACCGCGACUUAUAACUCCAGAAACACUCCGAAUCAUCCCAGAUCCCUCUGAGGUUACUGGAUUUAAAUUAUAUUGUCUCGCCCAGGCAGGUGCUACGAACACUAUUAUGACAAAGUCCGGCGAAGUCGUGGAAGAGGUUUACCAAAUUGGCCUUGAGCUCCACCAACGAGAGCUCAAUGCUCUUGAGCCAGAGAUGAGACGUCAGAUCUGUGUUCGCUGCUUUAACGACAUGCGAACAAUCCUACUUGCCCAUGACAAGAGGAUGCUUGGUCUUGUACGAGAAGAACUUGAAUCGUUGGUGUCUAGAAAGUCCAUUACCCCUAGACAGGCGAAAUGCCUCCAACGAGGCAUAACCCCCACCGUCCUGCCAGGCUCAAUGGCGCUUGAUCAGUUCAUUGCCGAGUGCCGAGAGUCAGAAAUGCUUCGAAACGGCUAUCUUCUAAAACCAAUUCGUGGGGGCAAGGGAGCAGGUAUUCUUUUUGGUGAUGAAAUGGAUCACUCCAGUUGGCUAGCUAUGCUGGAGCAGAUGAGAUGUCCAAAACUAAAAACAGGAAAGACUCUCUUUGUUGUGCAGCGCAAAAUCGAUCAACCAAAAUAUGACGUGCUAUUGGGGUCUGAUGCUACGCCACAGCGUUGUCAUAUGGUUGGAACCUAUCACGCAGCCAACGGAAGAUAUCUUGGACUGGGGACAUGGCGAUGCAGCCCCGGGAGACUAUGUGCUGUGUCGGAUGGUGCCACCUGGAUCUGUUCAGUGAAGCGGGAACCAUCCAAUGCUAGAAUUUAG